AUGCUAUGGAAAAUUAAGGGUUGCAAGAAGAUCAACAAUCGUAAUAAUUCACCACCCUUGCUACAAUUCUGCACUCAAACAUGUAAUCAAAUUUGGAUUAAAUCGAUGCAAGUGAAUCAAAAUGAUGGGAAAAUUGUGAGGGUGCUCACUCAAGUGGAUGUUGCUCUUUUCUUUCUACUUAUGUUGGUGCAUCACAAGUUAUUGAAACAUAAAGGAUAG